AUGUCUUAUCUCAAUAGACAGCUAGCUAGUCAUUCUAACACCAGACUUUCUUCAGCCAACAAGGAGGACAGUUAGCUAGGGUGCACAGAAAAAUCAGAAAAGCCACAUGCACUGAGGUAGACCACAGUACCCAGCUAGAUCAAAUUACGCGGAUUGAAGAGAAGACCGAACUGCCAGUGACAGUCAAAAGCGCCACACCGACACCCAUGCUAAUGUCAGAUAGCCACUGAACAUUAGCUUGGAGACUUUAAAGCCUCAGUGAUUCACGCGUUCUACUGUAGACUUGAGACCGUAAGAUGCUGCUGCACCUUGGAGGUAUGCGUUCGGCCCUGGGGCUACUGGCUGUCAGGAGGGCAUGCUGCCUGUCCCGCACCACCCACAACUCCCCUCACACACUGGAAUACAAGCCCAUCAAAAAGGUCAUGGUGGCCAAUAGAGGUGAGAUUGCCAUCCGUGUGUUCCGGGCGUGCACUGAGCUGGGGAUCCGGACAGUGGCUGUCUACUCUGAACAAGACACCGGCCAGAUGCACAGGCAGAAGGCAGAUGAGGCUUACCUCAUAGGGAAGGGCCUGCCGCCCGUGGCUGCCUACCUGGACAUCCCUGACAUCAUCAAAGUUGCUAAGGAAAAUGAUGUUGAUGCAAUCCACCCUGGGUAUGGCUUCCUGUCUGAGCGAUCAGACUUUGCUCAGGCAUGUGUCGAUGCUGGGGUACGCUUCAUUGGCCCUUCCCCUGACGUGGUGCGCAAGAUGGGAGACAAGGUGGAGGCUCGAUCCAUCGCUGUCCGUGCAGGAGUUCCAGUUGUACCAGGGACAGACGGUCCCAUCACUUGCCUUUCGGAGGCCCAGGAGUUCUCCAACACCUAUGGCUUUCCCAUCAUCUUCAAGGCUGCAUACGGUGGUGGGGGCAGGGGCAUGAGGGUGGUCAAAGAGUACGAGGAGCUGGAGGAGAACUAUCAGCGUGCGUACUCUGAGGCCCUGGCUGCGUUUGGGAAUGGUGCUCUUUUUGUGGAGAAGUUCAUUGAGAGACCCAGACACAUAGAAGUGCAGAUCCUGGGUGAUAAGUAUGGUAAUGUUAUCCACCUGUAUGAGAGGGACUGCUCUAUCCAGAGGAGGCACCAGAAGGUGGUAGAGAUCGCCCCGGCUGUACAACUGGACCCACACCUUCGGGACAGACUCACCGCUGACUCUGUCAACCUGGCCAGACAGGUGGGCUAUGAGAAUGCUGGCACGGUGGAGUUCCUGGUGGAUAAACAUGGAAGGCACUACUUCAUCGAGGUCAACUCCCGCCUACAGGUGGAGCACACCGUUACCGAGCAGGUCACAGAUGUGGACCUGGUUCAUGCUCAGCUGCGUGUGUGUGAGGGGCGUAGCCUGCCAGAGCUGGGCCUGAAGCAGGAUAAGAUCCGGAUCAAUGGCUUCGCCAUCCAAUGCCGUGUGACCACAGAGGACCCUGCCCGCGGCUUCCAGCCUGACACUGGACGGCUUGAGGUAUUCCGAAGUGGCGAGGGCAUGGGCAUCCGUCUGGACAGUGCCUCUGCAUUCCAGGGAGCCAUCAUCUCCCCCCACUACGACUCCCUUUUGGUUAAAGUCAUUGCCAGCGGGAAGGACCUGCCUGCCGCCGCCGCCAAGAUGAACAGGGCGCUGGCGGAGUUCCGUGUCCGCGGGGUCAAGACCAACAUCCCCUUCCUCCAGAACGUUCUGAGUAACGAUCAGUUCCUGUACGGCACCGUUGACACCCAGUUCAUAGAUGAGAACCAGGAACUCUUCAACCUCAAGCCGGUCCAGAACCGAGCACAGAAGCUGCUGCACUACCUGGGUCAUGUGAUGGUAAACGGACCCACCACUCCCAUACCAGUGAAGGCCAAGCCCUCAUCUAUCGAUCCUGUGAUCCCACCCGUUCCUCUGGGUGAGCCUCCGGUUGGGUUCCGUGAUGUCCUAUUGAGGGAGGGUCCAGAGGGCUUUGCCAAGGCAGUGCGUGCCCACAAGGGUCUGCUGCUCAUGGACACCACCUUCAGAGAUGCCCACCAGUCUCUCCUGGCCACCCGUGUCCGCACCCACGACCUCAAACAGAUCGCCCCCUUCGUAGCCCACAACUUCAACAACCUGUUCAGCCUGGAGAACUGGGGAGGUGCCACCUUUGAUGUGGCGAUGCGUUUCCUGUGUGAGUGUCCAUGGAAACGGCUGCAGGAGCUGAGGGCUCUGCUGCCCAACGUGCCCUUCCAGAUGCUGCUCAGAGGAGCCAACGCUGUGGGCUACACCAACUACCCCGACAACGCCGUGUUCAAAUUCUGUGAGGUGGCCAAGGAGAAUGGCAUGGACAUCUUCCGUGUGUUUGACUCUCUGAACUACCUUCCCAACCUGAUGCUGGGUAUGGAGGCUGCUGGGGCUGCCGGGGGCGUGGUGGAGGCCUCCAUCUCCUACACAGGGGAUGUGUCUGACCCAAUGAGGCAAAAGUACUCUCUGGAGUACUACCUGAAGCUGGCUGAUGAGCUGGUCAGAGCUGGAACACACAUACUGAACGUCAAGGACAUGGCAGGGCUGCUGAAGCCUGAGUCCAGCCGCAUGUUGAUUGGUGCUCUGAGGGACCGUUUCCCAGACAUGCCCAUCCACGUCCACACCCACGACACGGCAGGCGCCGGCGUGGCUGCCAUGCUGGCGUGUGCCGAGGCCGGGGCCGACAUCGUAGACGUCGCUGUGGACUCCAUGGCUGGGAUGACAUCACAGCCCAGCAUGGGAGCUAUUGUCGCCUGCACCAAGGGAACCAAUCUCAGCACAGGGAUAUCCCUGGAGAAUGUUUAUGACUACAGUGAGUACUGGGAGGUUGCUCGCGGGCUCUAUGCACCCUUUGACUGUACAGCCACUAUGAAGUCUGGCAAUGCUGAUGUGUAUGAGAACGAGAUCCCUGGAGGCCAGUACACCAACCUGCACUUCCAGGCUCACAGCAUGGGCCUGGGGCACAAGUUCAAGGAGGUGAAGAAGUCCUACACAGAGGCCAACAAGCUGCUGGGUGACCUCAUCAAGGUGACCCCCUCCUCGAAGAUUGUGGGUGACCUGGCCCAGUUCAUGGUGCAGAACUCUCUGACAAGGGCAGAGGUGGAGGAGAGGGCUGAUGAGCUCUCCUUCCCCCUCUCAGUGGUGGAGUUCCUGCAGGGUCACAUUGGCAUCCCACACGGAGGCUUCCCUGAGCCCUUCAGGUCCAAGGUGCUGAAGAAUAUGCCACGUGUAGAGGGCCGCCCGGGUGCCUCUCUGCCCGCCAUGGACUUCCAGGCCCUAGAGAAACAACUGCGAGAGACGCACGGAGAUGACAUCACUCCUGAGGAUGUGAUGUCAGCAGCCAUGUACCCCAAGGUGUUCCAGGAGUUCAAGGAGUUCACCCAUCAGUUUGGCCCUGUAGACUGCCUCAACACACGCCUGUUCCUCGAUGGACCCAAGAUCGCUGAGGAGUUUGAGGUGGAGUUGGAGCGAGGGAAGACCCUCCACAUCAAAGCUCUGGCCCUGGGAGAUCUCAACAAGGCUGGCCAGAGGGAGGUGUUCUUUGAGCUGAACGGAGCACUCAGAUCUGUCCUGGUCAAGGAUACAGUGGCCAUGAAGGAGAUGCACUUCCACCCCAAGGCGCUGAAGGAUGUGCGUGGCCAGGUUGGGGCUCCCAUGCCGGGUAAGGUUGUGGAAGUGAAGGUGAAGCAGGGCCAGACGGUGGAGAAGGGCCAGCCUUUGUGUGUGCUCAGCGCCAUGAAGAUGGAAACAGUGGUCAACUCUCCCCUCUCUGGCACCGUGGUCAAGAUCUACGUCAACGCCGACAGCAGCCUGGAGGGAGACGACCUCAUCCUGGAGAUCACCGAGUAGGACAGGAACCAUUCAUUUGAGCACAACCUUAACCCUUUCAGUCGCACACGCUAAAGUACAAUUCCAACUGUUGAAAAGAGGCAGGCAGGAGAAAAGAGGCAGGCAGGAGAAAAGAGGCAGGCAGGAGAAAAGAGGCAGGCAGGAGAAAAGAGGCAGGCAGGAGAAAAGAGGCAG